AAUGCUGCGGACCUUGUGAUUAGUAAUCUGAGCCCAUUCCUCUAUGAUUGCACCUGAACUGUUGUUGAUUGGAUGUGGCAGGAAGAAAUGGCUUUCUGCAGCAUAUCCCAAGCAUGCUCAAUUGGAUUUAAAUCCGGGGACCUCCCUGGCCGAUCCAUGCAGACUAGAGUUGUCUCUCCAAGAUAUCAGUUUGUGGUCAAACCCUAGCCCAUCUGUCCAUGAAGUCCGCACAAAAACUUGACUCAUCAGUGUUCAAAGAGGACCAGAGUCCAAUCAUUAACAGUCCGUGUGACAUGAGUCUGUGCCUAUUGCAAACGCUCUUGAAUAUGGCGUUGUGUCAAAGGAAUGCGAAUUGCUGGCCUCCGUGAACUCAAACCCAGCAUCAUGCAACCUGUGUCUAACAGUUUGUGUGCUUACAUGCACAGUUGCAUUCUGGAAGUCGUUACGUAAGGUGGUUGCAUUCAAGAACCGUUGGCGCCUGACCUGAAGGACAAUAAAUCAGUCCUGGGCUUGAGUCGUUGAACGUUCCUAACCUCAGGCGUGGCCCUGCAAGACAUUUCAAGGAAUCAUUUCACAGACUGGAGACAAAGCUCUUGGAUACCCCAAGGACAUGGGCAAAGUGUCUUUGUGAACGGCCAGCCUCCAACAUUCCAUUACCCCUGUUCAUCUCAUCUUCACUAAGAUGGCGUCGAACAUGUCGAUUAGCCAUAGUUUGUUAAUUUCGAACACAUUUUUACAAUAAAACCGAAAAGUCUUGCUGCCUGUACACGUUUAAGUGAAAGGUGUACGUGACAAAUCAAUAACUUAAGUACACGAUUAUGAGGUCCCUGUACAGGUGUAUCGUUAGCGGAAAUAUGAUUUUAAUAUGAUGAUAAUAGGACUGAAAUAUGCAAUGUCAAAAAGGGAUUUAUGACACAAACAGGGUAAUGAAAGAUGGAUGAAGACAACCAUCCGAGUAGGUCCAGACAUAUCCCUGCAGUAGGGGCCUGCCUCCUUAUUGUCUUUUCUAUUCUAUCACGAUCUGGUACCUCUAUAUUAACACCACUAUGGUUAGAUGCUGAAAACAAUCAUACAGACAAUGUUACAACAAGCUGUGACACCAGAAAUUCUGAUCACCAAAUUGACGCCUACACAAUCAUGUUCAUUACUAAUUUCAUCUUUGUCAUGCUUUUUGGCGUUGUUCUACUGGUCACAAAGUUUGUGUGUCCGUAUUUGAUCACUGAACGAGAGACUAAGUAUAACAAGAAAGAGUUUGCAUUGAUUGGUGUGUCUGACACAGUGUCCGGUAUUUGUUUUGUAUAUGCCAGUAGUGGUUGUCGCACUGCUCCAUACCUCCAGUCAUUAGCAGCUAACUUCUCUGUACCAGUCACAUUUAUAAUAAGAUUCCUUGUGUUGAGAAAGCGUCCCACUUGUCGUAAAACAUUCUGCGCUGUAUUGGUGUUAUUUGCGGAGUUUACAGCUUUACUACCGGACAUAUUCCCUGGCCUAGAGAGUCAACAAGCUCGGAAAGAUCAAGGUGGCACUCUAGGUGCUCCUGGAAUACUUUGGCCUUUAUGCUUCUUCUUUGGUUUUAUUCCGAUGGCUUUAGUUUCGAUUAUCAUUGAGAAAACAGUAAAAUCAUCAUUACCUGCACAGAGACGGCCCAAUGAUGAUGAUAUGGACAUCAAUAUCGCCUACUUCCUGUUCUGGUCAUACUUGUUCAGUCUUCUCUCACUCAUGCUGUUGUUUUGGACUGACAUUAUCCCUGGAUUUGGAAUGUCAGAUAACAUUGUAGAUUUUUCAACCGGAUUCUGGUUCAAUGUUAAAUGUUUUUUUGGUUACGAGGGUUGUAGAGGUACAAUUAACGUGAUAUCUGGAACCUGUGUGGUGUUACUGUUAUUGAAUCGUAUAACCAACUCCUAUUUCUUGAGAUAUCUUGAAGGUGCUAACUAUCUAUCCAUUAUAACUGCGGUACAGACACCAGUUGUUUUCAUUUUCUUCACACUAUUUGAUGAAAAUCCACUAAAAUGGCAUCCACAUGCGUACUUGUCCACGUGGCUCAGUGUGGCUGCACUUUGUAUCAUGAUACCAGCCAUAUAUAUCUAUGAUACAGGAGCACCAGAGGUAGUACCACAUGAACAAGAGCAUGUGAAUCGUGUUUCUGAUAGUGCUGUGCAGACAGAUGACAGUCCUCUUAUUGAUACAGAUGUCAAUCAAAAUAAUGACCAUGAUGGAACCUGCAGGCUUCGGUAUGAUUCAGAGCCUCCGCCAUUUUUAAUUGACUUUGAAAGUGAUAAUCAACAACUGAACCAAAAUAUACAGAGAGAAAAUCCUCGUAAGAGGAUUGGAACAAGCACUGGAUUGGUACAGCUUCCACAUGAAGUUGAUGAAGUGACCAGGCUUCUGUGUGACACAGAUGAACAAACUGUCUCUUUCAAUUAUGGGUCUAACCAAGUACACAGUCAUGAAGCCACUAAUAAUGCUUGGAAUGUGUAGAAUGGGUAACUGGCAGAUUUUUAUUCUUGUCUUAAUGCAAAAUCAGUGUACAAGAUAAAUUUU